UCGCCACUUGAGAGAGAGAGGCAUGGAGUUUUUAUCUGUUCCCUCCACGUACUACAAACAACUGCGGGAGAAGCUGAAGACGGCCAAGAUCAAGGUGAAGGAGAACAUUGAUGUCCUGGAGGAGCUGAAAAUCCUGGUGGACUACGACGAGAAAGGCUACCUCCUGCAGAUCUUCACCAAACCGGUGCAGGACCGGCCCACGCUCUUCCUGGAAGUCAUCCAGCGCCACAACCACCAGGGUUUUGGAGCCGGCAACUUCAACUCACUUUUCAAGGCUUUCGAGGAGGAGCAGAACCUGCGGGGCAACCUCACCGACUUGGAGACCAACGGGGUGGUGCCCGGCAUGUAAGCCCCGCCCACCGCCCUCACCACGGAGGCCCCGCCCACCCGCAGACACGGCCACGCCCUCUGAUUCUGGAACUCGCCCAACUUCCCUACUGGCUGCUCCCCUUGGGUCCCGCCCACCAGUAGACUGGCCCCCAAGGCUCCGCCCACCAUGACCACACCCCUCGGCGGGCAGUCCUCUACUCCAGCCCUCCCGAUUAAAGCAUGCCCUGGUCCAA